AUAAUAUUUAAAAGAGAAAAGAAAAAAAGAAAAAAGAAAAAAAGGACAAAUGAAGUGGGGGUUUCUUCUCUUAUCCAAGAUAGGAGGAGAGAAUCAUAAAAAAGACUUGUGCCAAUUACAACAAUCCAACUCAGCUUCCCUUACUCUCUUCAUCUUAUCCAAAACCUUCUUCUCCACCACUAAUCUCAUGAUCCUCUCUGAAUCUAAAACCGUUCCCUCCACACUCUUUUUCCAAAUCUCCUUCUUCUUCUUCCUGCAAUUCCCUAAUCCUUCAAACCCAUUUCAACAAUGUCUCUCACAAUCCCCACUAACCUCUCAAAACCCCUCUUGAAGCCCAAAUUGAGCUCCCCGUUGGCCUUAAAGCCAAAACCCUCUUCAUCCAUCCUCUGCUCCGCCUUUCCAAAUCAAAAUCAAAGUCAAAACCCCUCUUCCUCUCUUCAAGCCUUCUCCGCUGCCUUGGCUCUCUCCUCCAUCCUCCUCUCCGCUCCUCUCCCCGCCGUCGCCGACAUCUCCGGUCUCACCCCCUGCAAGGAAUCCAAGCAAUUCGCCAAGAGGGAGAAGCAGCAGAUCAAGAAACUUGAGUCUGCUUUGAAGAACUACGCCCCGGAUAGCGCCCCGGCGCUUGCCAUCAAAGCCACGAUCGAAAAGACCAAGAGGCGAUUUGCCUUCUAUGGGAAACAAGGGCUUCUUUGUGGGGCUGAUGGGUUGCCUCAUUUGAUUGUGAGUGGUGACCAGAGGCAUUGGGGUGAGUUCAUUACUCCUGGAUUCUUGUUCCUUUACAUUGCUGGGUGGAUUGGAUGGGUUGGAAGGAGCUACUUAAUCGCCAUUAGGAAUGAAAAGAAACCUACCCAAAAGGAGAUUAUCAUUGAUGUUCCGUUGGCCACUAGUUUGGUGUUUAGAGGCUUCAGCUGGCCUGUUGCUGCUUACAGAGAGCUUGUCAAUGGUGAACUCAUUGCCAAGGAUGUCUAAUUCUUCUCCUUCAGAGAUAGGGAAAGUUGAAGAGGAAUUGAGUUUUGGAGGAUAUGGAGGGAAUGGAAUGGGGUUUGUGAAAUAUUUGUGUAUUUAAUUUGGAAACUUGAGAUGAGUAUAUGUAAUGGUUGGUUUGUGUUGGAUAUAAGGGCAAUCCAUUCUUUUCA